AUGUCAACACAAAUCCCUCUCCACCCCCGUCCUCUCCAACAACCCCCCUCCUCAACCUCAUCAACAGUCACCAACCCACUCCCAACCCUAAUCCAAACCCCCUCGGGCCUCGCCCUCCUCGAACUCCAAGGAACCCUCAACAUCCGCGACUUCGACCCCUCCUCCUCACAACAUGAAAUCACUCCAAUCCCAGUAGGAAGAAUCGAUUUCCCCGACUACCAACCCAACUCCCUCACCUUCGACCCCAGCGACAAGAAGUGGAUGAAGAGGGUGUAUAUGUACAUUGGCGAGCAUCAGCGGUUGCAUGGGGAGGUGAAGGCUUUGGGGAAGGCGGUUGGGGUUGUUAGGAAGCGGAAUUCUUCUGGGGGGGAAGAGGGAGACAACAAAGAAGAGCUGGAGGUGGUGGAGAUAUUGAGGUAUAAGAUUGUUUUUGGGACGAGGCCGGAGCCGGUUACGAGGGGGGAACAGUUUACUGGGAGGGGUUGA